AUGGCGCGCCUUCUGGGGAGGCCACCAGCCUUCGGUGACUCCUCCGAGCCAGAUGGAUUAGGGAGGACGGAUCCAUGGAGGCAUAGAUAUCUAGCUGAGUUGCUUGCAGAGAGGCAAAAAUUGGCCCCAUUUGUGCAAGUUCUUCCUUUCUGUACUAGGCCCUUAAACCAAGAGAUUUUGCGGGCAUCUACUAUGGCGCCUAACCAUAAUUUUGUUGAUCUUGACAGAAUCGAACAUGGUAACCCAUUAAGGUUACCUGGCCACCCUGUGAAUGGCCAGCCAAUGGAUCUGGAGGGCUGGACAGUGAUGCAAACAGAGCAAAUGGGAGUUCUACAAGCAUCAUCAAUGGGCUGGAAUGGUGCUCCUGCACUUGUGGGCACUCCUGUUGUCAAGAAAGUUGUGAGACUGGAUGUUCCAGUGGACAACUAUCCUAAUUACAACUUUGUUGGUCGCUUGUUGGGCCCCCAAGGUAACUCCCAGAAAAGAGUUGAAGCUUCAACACAAUGUAGAGUUUAUAUUCGAGGACGUGGUUCAGUGAAGGGUUCUGUUAAGGUAACUUCAUGUCUGUUCUAACUUCUUUUUUAUAUUUCUCUAUCUUAAUAUAUCGCUGCUAUUAAUUA